GUCAAAUGGAACACACUGUCACUGAGUCUCCGGUCUCUCCACCCAUCAACACGGCACACUACUCACUCACUACUCACAGACUGAACAGAUAAGAGGAGAGAGAAAAGAUGAGAGGGAGUUUUCCGGCGCCGGCGGUUAUAUCCGGUGCGGUGAGCUUCACAAUUACUCAAAUUUCUUUGGUGGGCAGAAGAAAGAAAGAUUCGUUUGAAUUCCCAGUCUGCUCCUCCUCCCAAACAGCUCGCUUUUCCUUCUCAAUUCACGACGAGCAUAACCAGCAGAGGCAAAGACAGAGGCGAAGACAAUGCCUUUGGUUACCAGAGAGAAGCAAAUGGAAAGGAGGACGUCGUGCGGGCAUUGGCUUGCAAUGCAAGUGCAGCUACGAAAGCGGAGGAGAGGAUAACGGAUGGGUGGUGGUGAAUUUCUACCAUUUCGUGAUGAUCAAAGACGCAGAGGCGGAGGUGGCCAAGCAUCUCUCUUUCGUAGAGGACCUCGACAUACGAGGACGGAUAUAUCUGAAUGAACAAGGGAUAAAUGCACAGUACAGUGGGCCGUUGAGAGAUGCACUUGCAUAUGUUGAAUGGUUAAGGGGGGACGAGAGAUUUUCUGGCAUCCUAGUGCAGAUUUCUGCAGCAACAAAUGGGCACGCCUUUCCAAAACUCAAGUUGCGGUAUAAGCCCUCACUGGUUCAGUUAGAAGGGGGCAUUUCCCAUCUUCCUUUGCUGGACCCUUCAAUGCGAGCAACGCCUCUAUCGCCAUCUGAAUGGAGAAAGAGAUUGGAAUCAUUGAAUACAACUAGUGAUGCAUCAAAUGACAAUCUUAAAAGAAACCAGAUUUUAUUGGAUGUGAGAAAUGGUUAUGAGUGGGAUAUUGGUCAUUUUGAAGGGGCUCGGCGACCUGACGUGGACUGCUUUAGGAGCACUUCGUUUGGGUUAUCGCAACCAGAGGUCAUUGCCGCAGAUCCGUUAGAAAAUGUUGACAAAGAAAAGACAGAUAUAUUGAUGUAUUGCACUGGAGGUAUCCGUUGUGAUGUAUAUUCCACAAUCCUAAGAGAACAGGGCUUUCAAAAUCUAUACACAUUAAAGGGAGGUGUUUCUCAUUAUCUGGAGAAUGAAGGUCCUGUCCAGUGGAUUGGUAAUUUGUUCGUAUUUGACUCUCGUCUCUCUCUCCCACCGCCUGCCUACAAGCCUGAAACCACGACUAAAGCAAGCAGGCAUGAAGAUUCAGAGAAUAAUACGUUCGCUAGAUGCUAUAUAUGUAGUUCACAAGUCUGUGAGUUAAGGCAUAGAAACUGUGCAAAUCUCGACUGCAAUCUGCUGUAUCUAUGCUGUAUGAACUGUGUGAAGGAUUUAAGAGGAUGCUGCUGUUCCAACUGCACAACUGCUGCUCGACUUAGACCUGUUCUUCCAGGGUUCCAGAGAUACAAGAAGUGGCACACAUAUAGAGAUUCGAUACCACACAGCCGGUUGACGGCUUGAUCAGACUCGUAAAUCCUCGGGACGGUUCAUCACUUU